AUGAGCAAUGAAGAUAUGGAAGUUGAGUUUAAAUUUCUUGAUUUGAAUGAUGUAGAGUAAAGCGAUUUUGAUAAAUUUGCUUGGAAUAAACCUCAAAUUGAAAAACAUUUUGAAGAAUUGAAUUUUAAGCAUUAUGAUAUCACUUAAAAUGAGGAGAAUAAGCAAUGGCAAAUUACAAUUACUCUUGAAUAGUGAGUUAAAAAUAAUAAUUUUUCUUAGGUUUUCAAAUAAAUUCUUAGCAUUAUGCACGAUAACAAUUAAUUUCUUAAGAAAGCGUAUAGACUGUAAAUCAUACAUAGCAAAGCCUGAUGGUUAAUUGAUUCAAGUAAAAGAAAAAGUAAAAAAAUUCUAUCUUAUUUUUAUUAAGUACUUAUAGCGAUUACUGGCAAGAUACUUCUGCAGGAUUAACAACACAUUAAGAUUCGGCUGUUUUUGCAUUGAAAAUGAGACAGGUUAAAUUCAAUUAAAAUUAAAUUCUAUAAUGAUUUAAGAAUAUUGGACAGAUAUAAUAUGUGUAAAUCCAGAAUAGAUGGAAAACUAAAAUACACCAUCAUUAUCAAGUCUUUUAAAGGUGCUACAUUUUACAUCUCAUUAUGCAAUAGGGUAUCAUAUCUAUCGAUUAAUGCAUUUAAUUAAUAAAUUGUCUUACAAGGUCUUCCCAUUUUUAGAAUAGAAAUUGUAAAAUCAAUAUAGGAAAAUUCAUCCAUAAUUUGAUAUAUAUUUGUAGAGAAUGAAUGAAAUAAUUUAGAAGUAACAAUUUAUUUAUUUUAGUAAAUGCACAACAUAAAUAAGUGAAGAGGAGAGUAAAUAGUUCUAAUAACAUUUUGCUUAUCCAAAACAGCUAAAUCCAUCAAUUAAGAUCAUGAACACUAUAACAUUUUCUAAUCCUGAGUAGGUUGAUAGUCUUGAAGGAUCUGAGUUAAUAGGAGAGGGUGGAUUUUCAAUAGUCAAAAAGAGUCAAUUGGCAUUCUCUCUUGUAUAAAGUUAAGGCCAAAAUUAACAGGGAUAAUCAACAAAGCUUGAGAUUGAGGAAUAAUAAGGAUAAAUUAAAUAAAUUCAAGCUACCAACAAUUCUGACUAAAAAGAUAUAUAGGCAUUUAUAAAGAGAACAAUAGUGAUCAAAAAGGAGAAACCAAUGUAGGGAGACAAAAAACAAUAAAGUAGAAUAAUUUCAGAAAAAAAAAUAUUGUAAAUUUAAAUUUCAUUUCUAGAGAAAUUUUAUCAUAGCCUUUGUAUGAAAAUUAAAAAUAAAUUUUUAAUGGUUAUUGUCCAUAUAUAGCUUAAUUUUACAAAGCAGACACAACUGACUAGAAUGAUAUGCCCUUAUUUAAUGAACAUUUAUUUAUGGAAUUCUAUCAGCAUACAUCCUUAGAUCAUUUUAGAUCAAAAUUCUAGACAACUUAGAGUUUAAAUACUCGACUAUAUAUACUUUUUUAAAUAGCUCAUGCUUUAAGAUAUUUAUCCUCUUAUGGAGUGAUACACAAUGAUCUUAAGCCUGGCAAUAUAUUGGUACUUAUUUCAAUUUUUACUUUAUUAGAUUUCUAAACAUUAUAAUGCAAAAAUGACAGAUUUUGGAGAAGCUAUGUAUAAAAAAAAAGAUUAAAUUUUAAUAUAAGGAGGUGAUGGAAGAACACUCCCUUUUGCUGCUCCUGAGUCUUUACCUGAAGAUUAAAACAAUUUAAAAACUAAUUAAUCUAAAAUUGAUCAUAAAUCUGACAUAUUCUCUUUUGGUAUAUUGAUGUAUGAAUUCUUAUUCGAACAAUAUCCCAUUGUAACAAUUUUAUAUUAUAAUAGGAUUUUAAAAAAAGUAAUCUCUCAAAUUUAUAAGAAAGAUAUAAAAACAAAACAUAUCAAAUAAGAUCUAAUAUUGACUUUGUUAAAACUUUUGGACCAAAACAUCUAAUGAAAUGCCUCCGCAAUCUUGCUAUCAAAUGUCUUCACCAUGAUCCACAUAAUAGACCAAACAUAGAGUGGAUAAUUAUAUGUAUCAAAGAGGGAUUAAUGUAUCUAGAAAAGAUGUAUUGAGAAUAU